AAUAAUAAUAAUAAUAAUAAUAAUAAUAAUAAUAAUAGUAAUCAUAAUAAUAAUAAUAAUAAUAAUAAUAAUAAUAAUAAUAAUAAUAAUAAUAAUAAUAAUAAUAAUAAUAAUAAUAAUAAUAAUAAUAAUAAUAUUAAUAAUAAUAAUAAUAAUAAUAAUAAUAAUAAUAAUAAUAGUAAUAAUAAUUAUAAUAAUUAUAAUAAUAAUAAUAAUGAUAAUAAUAAUAAUAAUAACAAUAAUAACAAUAAUUAUUAUAAUAAUAAUAAUAAUAAUAAUAAUAAUAAUAAUAAUAAUAAUAGUAAUAAUAAUAAUAAUAAUAAUAAUAAUAAUAAUAAUAAUAAUCAUCAAAAUAACAUUAAUAAUAAUAAUAAUAAUAAUAAUAAUAAUAAUAAUAAUAAUAAUAAUAAUAAUAAUAAUAAUAAUAAUAAUAAUAAUAAUAAUAAUAAUAAUAAUAAUAAUAAUAAUAAUAAUAAUAAUAAUAAUAAUAAU